AUGUCCACUAAAAUCAGGUACUCCGUAGCCGAACUCAAAUUGCUUCGCCACGAGUACCGCGUCCAUAUGGACGAAGACGCUUUCCCAGGCUAUACCGCCAGAAGACCAUACCACAGGCAGAACCAUAGAUCCUACUAUACUUCCAGUCCAUAUAGUCAGAGUCCUAUAGUAUUGGAUCCUACUUUGUUUCCCCCGGGUUCCAGAAUAAUAAGGUUGAAGCCCGGCCAGCGUUUACCCAAGGGGUGUGUUCCUCUUCCGUAUGCCAUAGACGAAGGUAACUCCAGAAGAGGCAGAAGACUGGAUAGUUCUAUCAAGUAUAAGUAUAAUAAGGUAGAACCGGCUAUGCCCGUGCCUGGAGACUCCAAUUACGAAUUCAAGUAUGCUCCGCUAUUUGAAAAGUACAUGACAAAAAGAGAUCUGGGCGAGGAGAGAAACAGAUCUAAUGGGUCUAUGGAGGGUAUUGGGUCAUCCAUGGAAGUGUCAGAGAGUUCCAGUGAAAGCGUGCAAAUCAAGUUGCCCCCUCAUGCUUGUGAUCCUUCGCUCCAACAGACAAGACCUCAGCUCUACGACCAGCUUAACAUUGACCUACUCACAUGGAGAACACUCAUCAGCAACGCUCUUGCCGAGCUUUAUGGGAUAGUUGGUGAAGCUAGGCACUUUGAUAUAUUGGCCAAGCAGCAGAAACCGCCGGCGCUUGAUGCUGUGAUUAGGAUAGCGCCUGAAGAUAAAGAUGUGUUUGUUACCAGUCUAGCCAGUUAUAACUUUGACCUUAGUGGGCAUCUAGGCAGGGAAUAUGAUGUCACGGCGUCUAUUAAGGUGAAGAACUCUAGCCCGUACCUUGGACAGCUAGUGACGUCCGAUUUGGCUGAUUUGUAA